AUGUGGGAAGGCCGUCGGCUGCGAAUGAUUGUCGACACGGGAUCACCAGUAAGUGUAAUUCCCAAGAGCGUGUACAAGAAACACUGCAAGUGGUGGCCGGCUUUGCAGAAAACUCCCAUACGCCUUUCAUGUUUCCUGGGACCGUUACCGGUCUGGGGCAAGGUGGAAAUGAAGGUACAGCUUGGUCCAGUAACGGUGAGCAGUUCUCUGAUAGUGGUGGACCAUCAAGGGCCCCUGCUGUGUGGAAGAGACACGAUAGAAGAAUUUCGCAAAGCUGGCGUCUUCCUUUUGGAGAGAGGCAUGUCGUCUAUGGUGAAUGUUGUGCACGUCGACAGUAAGCUCACCGCACUUCUUGACGAAUUUUCCGACUGCUUUGAGGACCUCGGAUGCUGUAAGGGACCACCGGUGAAACUAUACCUCAAGGAAGGCGCCCAACCUCGAUUUCUGAAGGCUCGGACAGUUCCGUACGCCAUGAGAGCGCAAGUAUCCGCCGAAAUCGACCGACUGGUGGAAGUGGGAGUUCUGUCCCCAGUGAGCGUGGCUGAAUGGGCAACGCCAGUAGUGCCGGUGGUAAAGAAAAACGGAGACAUCCGGCUGUGUGGAGACUUUAAGCUGACGGUCAAUCCAGCGACAAGAACAGAACAGUACCCGCUUCCGAAAAUCGAAGACAUCUUUGCAACGCUAGCGGGGGGCGAGGUGUUUAGCACGCUCGACUUACGGAACGCAUACAACCAACUUCCCCUGGAUGAUGAUGCCAAAAAGAUAGCGGUGCUGAAUACGCACAAGGGCCUCUUCGGCUACAACCGCUUGGCUUUUGGUAUCGCCUCGGCGCCUGCGCUGUUUCAGCGGCGCAUAGAAGCGGUACUACAGGCGUUACCCGGCGUGAAAGUUUACCUGGACGACAUUAUUGUAGCGGAAAAAGCGCAGAAUACCACGCUACUACGCCAAGUGUUGGAACGACUGCGGGCGAAUGGCCUCACGCUGAACAAAGAGAAGUGUCGUUUCCGGGAAAAAGAAGUGGUAUUUCUUGGGCACCGAAUCGACGCAAGAGGCCUUCACCCCCUGCAGGACAACUUGGAAGCCGUGCUGGCGGCGCCGCCACCGACCUCGAAUGUGUCUGAUCACACCAGCAAAGACUGCACACUUCAGCAAGUAAAGACUUGGAUCCUGCAAGGCUGGCCCAAGCGCCUGGGGGCAGACGAACAACAGUAUCAACCAUAUUUUGCACGGAGGCAGGAAUUGACCGUGAGCAAGGGGAUACUCAAUGAAGAACCUCGCGCGCUCGAUUUUCUGGUACGAGCCCGCGCCUCAUCGACGCCGGUUAAGGAAGAACCCUUCGAGACACCCGUGACCCUGGAGCACUCAUCUCCGGAAGGGCCCCUCUCUUCCGCCGGCGACCAGACAACUAGCAGCGACGCCCUGCAAGCCGGUCAGUCCGUGCCGGGCGAGCCAGCGUCUGGAGGUGGCAUCGAGCCGGCAGUUUCAGGGCCAACAGAACCAAUCCAACUCAGACGCUCCACCCGUGCCUGCAAGCCCCCGGAUAGGUUCUAG